GGACCUGAGUGAGAACAGUCUGACGUCACUUCCUGUGGGUGGUCUGGGGGGACUGACCCAUCUGAAGCUGAAAGGAAACAUGGAGCUCUAUGAGGACUUCAGCCCUGAACUCUUCACCCGCAUGAGGGUGGUAGAGAUGCCGUAUGCAUACCAGUGCUGUGUCUGACGGUCAUGUGACAGCUAUAAGUCCAUCAGCCAACCAGAGACUGAGCAGAGCAGUGAGGAGGAGGAGCUAGACCCAGCAGGACCUUCUGUUGUUUAUUCAGAUGACCCGGACCUGGAGGACCUCCAGAUGGAGAUGCAGGAAUCUAAACUACAGACUAACAUCCAGUGCUCUCCUGUACCAGGUCCGUUCCGGCCAUGUGACUCCCUGCUAGGCAGCUGGUUGGUCCGUGUGGGUCUGUGGUGCGUCUCCAUCGUGUCUCUACUUGGGAACUCUCUCUUGCUGCUGUCGCUCUUCGGUUCGGCGGGCUAUCUCUCCCCGCUGCGGUUCACCGCCGCCUGCAUGGCCGCUGCCAACCUCCUAACCGGCGUAUGCACAUGUACGCUCGCCCUCGUGGACGCCCUCACGCUGGGAGAAUUUGGUCGCCACGGCGCCCGCUGGGAGUCGGGUCCCGGUUGCCAGGUGACGGGGUGGGUGUGGGUGUUUGCGUCCGAGGCGAGCGUGCUGCUGUUGACCCUGGCGGCCGUGCAGUGUGGCGUGAGCGUGACGUGCGCGCGGGCCUACGGGAAGGCGCCCUCACACGGGAGCGUCCGUAUGUGCGCAUUCUUCUGCCUCACCCUCUCUGUCACCCUGGCGUCCCUCCCUCUGGUCAAUGUGGGGGAGUACGGUUCCUCCCCUCUCUGCCUGCCCUCCCCCCUGCAUCCCCCCUCCUCCCAUCCCCCCUCCUCUCUAGGCUUCCCUCUCUCUCUGAUCAUGAUGAAUACUCUGUGUCUGCUGAUAGUGACAGUCUCCUACAUCCGUCUGUACUGGGAGCUGCUGAGAGGAGAGUGCGAGGGGCUGUGGGACUGUAGCAUGAUUAAACACAUCACCUGGUUGAUCUUCAUCAACGGUCUCCUCUACAUCCCAGUAGCCUUCCUGUCUCUCUGCUCCCUGCUGGGGCUGCUUUCUCUGGGGGAGGAGGUGCUGAAGUCUGUCCUGCUCCUCCUCCAACCCCUCCCCUCCUGCCUCAACCCACUCCUCUUCCUCCUAUUCGCCCGAGACCACACCCAUUUCUUGUUCUGGCCACAUCCCAAGGAACGCCCCCAGUUACACCGGGACCGCGUGCUUGAAGACUCGCUGGUCUCUGUGGACACAGAGAAGAGCUUGUGUUCUGAUUUGUCGACGCAGGUGUCACUCGCCGAGGCUGACGCCCUCUACGGUGGAAGCCCCGCCCUCCAACCCCGGAUGGAUCCAAUCAGAUUCUCCCACUGCUCUUCUUCCUCCUCCUCCUCGGUUCCUCUGAUCCCCUGUCAGACACCUUCCCCCAGCCUGAGGGAAAGAGAGAUGGAGAAUGAAAGAGAGAGGGAAAGAGAUAUGGAGAGAGAGAGGGAGGCAGAGUGGUAAGGUUUGAAUCACUAAACUACAAUGGGACACAGUCUCAGGUGUAGAGCACCGCUGGAUGGGACCCUACGAGACAUUAUAAACCAACACAUGCCCUACUGCUUCCUUCUUUAUCCUCCCCCCUCUCUCCUCCCCUCCCUCUCUUCUC